AACACAGCAGUGCGCGGGAUGUCAACAAGGAGGCAGAGGGAGAGGAAGAGGAGGAGGAGAAGGAAGAGGAGGAGUCCCUGUAAGAAGAGGAAGGUUGCGGUGGUCCUGUUCUGGAAAAAAAGAUGUCGGUGGAGCUCCUCUCAGCGAGUCCUCCGAGUGGGAACAAUGGGUCUCUUCAGGCCACCAAAGUGGGAGGACGUAAACCUCUACAUCGCUUCAUGAAGGCUCAACCUCAGAGUGUUGGAGUUGUUGUGCUGGUUUUGGGAGUAUCUUUCUUCAUUACAUCCAUUAUUAUGGCACAAGAUCAUCCUGCUCACCAUUUAUGGAGACUCUCCCCACUGGGGUACAUAGUUGGAAUACAGUUCAUCGUAUGUGGCAUUCUGUAUAUUAUCACAGAGCACAACCCAACCAAGAAAACUGUGACAGCAUCCCUGGCGCUUGGCAUUGUGACCAUCGUGGCCGCUUUCUGGAUGAUAUUUAUUCUCCUUACCAACAUGGACCACCAUCACUAUCGAAGGGACUUUGAGGUCUUUGACCUUGACAACAUGACUGGCAUUGAGGAAGACACAUGGGGGUCUCAGGCUGAAGCCCUCGGAUUGACAACAGAAGCAGUCUUUGUGUUCUAUACUUUUGUCGGCACUAUUAUUUUAGUGGUGAUGUCAGUGCUGGCUGGAGCUGCUCUGCGUUCUACAAAGAGUCAGGCCACUGUGGUGGUGUCGACAACAACCACUGAAACACCUGCUCAAUAACAUCAUGGAGAGUCCAUCUUACACUGUGGAGGAAUUUUGGCCCACUCAUCUUUGCAGAAUUGUUGUAAUUCAGCCACAUUGAAGGGUUUUCCAGCAUGAAGCGCCUUUUUAAGGUCAUCCUACAACAUCUAAAUAGGAUUCAGGUCAGGACUUUGAUAAGGCCACUCCAAAGUCUUCAUUUUGUUUUUCUUCAGCCAUUCAGAGGUGGACUUGCUGGUGUUUUGGAUCAUUGUCCUACUGCAGAACCCUUUUUGGUUUCAGCUUGAGGUCACGAUCAGAUGGCCAGACAUUCUCCUUCAGGAUUUUUUGGUAGGCAGCAGAGUGCAUGGUUCCAUUUAUCACAGCAAGUCUUCCAGGUCCUGAAGCAGCAAAACAGCCCCAGACCAUCACACUACCGCCACCAUAUUUUACCGUUGGUAUGACUUUCUUUUUCUGAAGUACAGCAUUACUUUUACGCCAGAUGUAAUGGGACACACACCUUCCAAAAAGUUCAACUAUUGUCUUGUCAGACCGCAGGGUAUUUUCACAAAGGUGUUGGGGAUCAUCAAGAUGUUUUCUGGCAAAAUUGAGACGAGCCUUAAUGUUCUUUUUGUUCAGCAGUGGUUUUGGCCUUGGAACUCUGCCAUGUAGGCCGUUUUUGCCCAAUGUCUUUUUUAUGGUGGAAUCAUGAACACUGACCUUAAGGGGGUGUACACCCCACCUGUUUUGAGGCACCCACGAUUUUUUUUGCCACAAUAAAAGCUAAUAAAAUGGUAAACCAUCCUGGAUUCCAGUCACCCAGUCCCAGUGAAGGUACAUGUUCUGAAUUAUAGGCGCGUGGUGGACGCAUAUGCCAGAAUGCAACCGAGACGCAUGCUAUUCCUGAACCCACUGUCAGGCUGAUCAUUUACAUUGGACAUUGAACGUGUGCUGUACAUGGCUAUUCAGGUGGAGGUGCAAAAUAAAGGUUCUGGCAUCAUGACUAUAAGGAAAACUGUUGUCUAUUCUCAAUGAAAAUUAACCAGAAAAGCGAUCCCCAGUGACAUAAAAUUAUACUCAAAUCCUCAGAAUUUACAGCUGCUUCAAAUUGGAAAAUAUUUCAGGAAAUUGAGCUAAAAUGGGUUUCUCCUAGUACCGGUAAUUCUAUAAAUAGAAUGUUUUGGCUUAAACUAUAUAUUCCAAGGAUAAAAAUAACAACAAAGUCUUGAAAUUAAGGACAUAAAAUUGGCCUCAGAUAUCACCAGAUUGCAGGAAAUGAGGUCUAAUUUUAAAAAUUUUUCUGGGGGAAGGGCCCCCACACCCCCACACUCCAUUUCCAGCGCCACACCCCCCCUUUUCAAGAACGCUAGAUCCGCCCCGGGUCGCUGCGCUCUUAGGGUAAUUUUGGUUGGCCGGCCAGUCCUGGAAAGGUUCACCACUGUUCCAUGUAUUCGCUAUUUCUGGAUAAUGGCUCUCACUGUGGUUUGCUGGAGUCCCAAAGCUUUAUAAAUGGCUUUAGAACCUUUUCCAGACUGAUAGAUUUCAAUUACUUUAUUUCUAUACAGCAUACAUAGUAUAUAUUAUGUUUAUACGCCAAAGGGGGAGGCAAUCUCUUCUUCCACACAGGGCGUUUUUUUUGCUCUCUUAAUCAUGAAAAGUUUCAUUUAAAACCUGCAUUUUUGUUCCGUUGUCACUGACUAAUAUUUAAAUUUGUUUGAUGAUCUGAAACAUUUAAGUGUGACACACAAAAAAAAAAAAAAUUAUCAAAUGGCAAACACUUUUUCACACCCCUGUACAGUCAUGGAAAAAAUGAUUAGACCAGCCUUGUUUCUUCAGUUUAUUGAUCCAUUUUAAUGCCUGGUACAACUAAAGGUACAUCUGUUUGGACAAAUAUUAUAACAAAUAUAGCUCAUGAGAUUUUAAUUUAAGAGCUGAUAUCUAGCAACUUCCAUGGUUUUCUUGAUAACCUAAAUCACUUAAGUUCUUACAUGAAUAGCUAUAGCAUUGUACUGCCAAAAAAUGUAACCCUUGUGAGCUAUUUUUGCUGUCAUUGUUAUAUUUAUCCAAACAAAGGUACCUUUAGUUGUAUCAAGCAUUAAAAAGAACAGGAAACUGAAGAAACAAGGGUGGUCUCAUCAUUUUUUCCAUGACUUUAUACUGUAUGAGCCUGGCAAAAAAGCAAAACAAUUUCUGAAUAAAAAUUCUCUAUUUUUUUAUUUCC